AUGCGCCGUGGGAACAACAAAUCGGUCCAAGAAAAGUUGAGCGACUCGGUAUCACUCGAGUCGGGAUCGGGGAUGUCAACUCUAAGAAUCGGGGAUCGCAACGCACGGUCGCACGCGCCAAGUGCCGGUGCGGCUCAGCCUGCGCUCACUCGCCCCUGGCUCACUGCAUUUCUCGCCUCAUCUCCUCCACCCGUGUGCUGCCUCUCUGUCCAAACCAAAUCGUCUCGGCCUCAUCCCGACACCUCUCGACCGCCACCCACUCGCCGUCUGCAUCGCCUCGCCUCGCCAUCCGUCUCGACUGCAUCCGACCACACUCGCUCCUGCAUCAUGGCCGCUCAACAAUCCCAGGGCAUUCAGACCCUCCUCGAGGCCGAGAAGGAGGCCGCCAAGAUCGUCCAGAAGGCGCGCACUUACCGCACUCAGAAGCUCAAGGACGCCCGCAACGAGGCUUCCAAAGAGAUUGAGCAGCUCAAGGCGAACAAGGAGAAGGAGUUUGCCGACUUCCAAAAGCAGCACGAGGGAUCCACCAACUCGUCCCAGACCACCGUCGACAAGGAGACCGAAGAGAGGCUCGGCGAACUCAACAAGGCGUUUGAAGCCAACCGCGACCAGGUCAUCUCCAAGCUCCUCGAUCGCGUCGUCGACGUAAAGACCGAACUUCACAGGAAUCUUCAGCUCCAGCAGAAGGCCUAG